AUGCCGGAACUGCCAGCGCUGCUGCUGCUGUCGAUUCACUUGCACUUCCUGCUAGUUACCGUGGUUACCAUGCCGCCCUCUGCCCUCAGCCAGCCCUCUGUCCUGUCGUCCGUACGGAUGGCGGCGAUUCUGGAUGACCGCUCCGCGUGUGGCCGUGGAGAGCGGUUAGCUCUAGCGUUAGCACGUGAGAACAUCAACAGCGUGAUGGAGGGACCAGCUCGUGCGCGAGUGGACGUAGACGUCUUUGAGCUGCAGAAAGACUCUCAGUACGAGACCACAGACACCAUGUGCCAGAUUCUGCCGAAGGGCGUGGUCUCUGUGAUUGGCCCCGCCUCCAGCCCUGCCUCAGGGUCUACUGUCAGUCACAUCUGUGGGGAGAAGGAGAUCCCUCAUGUAAAGAUCGGUCCUGAGGAGACUCCACGGUUACCUUACCUGCGCUUCGCAUCCGUCACUCUGUAUCCUAGCAACGAGGAUCUGAGCCUUGCUGUGGGAGCCAUCCUACGCUCCUUCAGCUAUCCAUCGGCUAGUCUGGUCUGCGCCAAGGCAGAGUGUCUGCUGCGAUUGGAGGAGCUGGUGAGGCGCUUUCUGAUCUCCAGGGAGACGCUGUCAGUCAGGAUGCUGGACGACAACCUCGACCCCACCUCCCUGCUCAAGGAGAUCCGCGAUGAUAAGAUUGCUACCAUCAUCAUUGAUGCUAACGCUUCCGUGUCUUACCUGAUUCUAAAGAAGGCGUCAGAGCUGGGGAUGACAUCAGCAUUUUACAAGUACAUUCUCACCACCAUGGACUUCCCCUUGCUGUGGUUGGAUGAUAUAGUAGAUGACCACUCCAACAUCGUGGGCUUCUCCAUGUUCAACACCACUCACCCAUUCUACCUGGAGUUCAUCAGGAGCCUCAACCUGUCCUGGCGAGAGGGCUGCGACAUUAACCCAUACCCAGGACCAGCGCUGUCGUCAGCUCUGCUGUUUGAUGCCGUCCAUGUGGUGGCGAGUGCGGUGCAGGAGCUGAACAGGAGUCAGGAGAUUGGAGUGAAACCCCUCAGCUGUACCUCCCCUCAGAUCUGGCAGCACGGCACCAGCCUGAUGAACUACCUGCGCAUGGUGGAGUAUGAUGGUUUAACAGGUCAUGUUGAGUUUAACAGCAAAGGCCAGAGGACCAACUACACCCUGCAUAUUUUGGAGAAACACAAAACAGGACACAAGCAGAUUGGUGUGUGGUACUCUAAUAAUACCCUGGUCAUGAACUCCACCAGUCUGGACAUCAAUGUUUCUGAGACACUUGCCAACAAGACUCUUAUAGUCACCACCAUACUGGAGAACCCGUACGUGAUGAGGAAGGUGAAUUAUCAGGAGCUGGAGGGGAACGAGCAGUACGAAGGCUUCUGUGUGGACAUGCUGAGGGAACUGUCCGACAUCCUGAAGUUCACCUACCGAAUCAAACUAGUGGACGACGGCCUGUACGGCGCCCCAGAGCCCAACGGUUCCUGGACGGGCAUGGUGGGGGAACUCAUCAACAGGAAAGCUGAUUUAGCCGUGGCUGCCUUCACCAUCACGUCUGAGAGAGAGAAAGUCAUCGAUUUCUCCAAACCCUUCAUGACGCUGGGCAUCAGUAUCCUCUACAGAGUUCAUAUAAGCCGAAAGCCAGGCUACUUCUCCUUCCUGGAUCCCUUCUCUCCGGCGGUUUGGCUCUUCAUGUUGUUGGCGUACCUGGCUGUCAGCUGUGUGCUUUUCCUCGCUGCCAGGUUAAGCCCAUACGAGUGGUACAACCCUCAUCCGUGCCUACGGGAGCGCAGGGAUAUGCUGGAAAACCAGUACACGCUGGGGAACAGCCUGUGGUUUCCAGUGGGAGGCUUCAUGCAGCAAGGCUCAGAAAUCAUGCCCAAAGCCCUGUCCACUCGCUGUGUCAGCGGAGUCUGGUGGGCGUUCACUCUGAUCAUAAUCUCCUCGUAUACGGCCAAUCUGGCUGCAUUUCUAACCGUGCAGAGAAUGGAGGCCCCUAUAGAGUCACCCGACGACCUGGCGGACCAAACCAACAUCCAGUACGGCACCAUUCAUGGGGGGAGCACCAUGACCUUCUUUAUGAACUCCCGCUACCAGACGUACCAGCGCAUGUGGAACUACAUGUACUCCAAGCAGCCCAGCGUAUUCGUGAAGAGCACGGAGGAGGGCAUCGCCCGCGUUCUCAACUCCAAAUACGCCUUCCUGCUGGAGAGCACCAUGAACGAGUACCACCGCAGCCUCAACUGCAACCUCACCCAGAUAGGGGGCCUGCUGGACACCAAGGGCUACGGCAUCGGCAUGCCUCUCGGCUCUCCGUUUAGGGACGAGAUCAGUCUGGCUGUUCUGCAGCUGCAGGAGAGUAACAGGCUGGAGAUUCUGAAGCGGAGGUGGUGGGAAGGCGGCCAGUGCCCUAAAGAGGAGGACCACAGAGCCAAAGGUCUGGGAAUGGAAAAUAUCGGGGGGAUAUUUGUGGUAUUGAUCUGUGGUUUGAUCAUCGCCGUGUUUGUGGCAGUGAUGGAGUUCGUGUGGUCCACUCGGCGCACCGCUGAAACAGAUGAGGUACGUAAAUCUCUCCCACACAGCUACAGCCUCCCCCCACUCUUCGUUAAUCUUCCCGUGUUCUCCCAGGUGUCUGUGUGUCAGGAGAUGCUGACCGAGUUCCGGAAUGCUGUGUCCUGUAAGAAGAGUUCCCGUCUGCGUCGGCGGCGGCCCCUCUCCAGCUCUUUGGCCCUGCGCCACCCUGCUCGUGUCGCCCUGGGGGCCCCGCGACCCCUGCGGCUGGUCAGGGAGAUGCGCCUCAGUAACGGUAAACUCUACAGCGGGGCGGGGCCUUUAACGGGAGGAGCCUCUGGAGCCGGGGCAGGUCCCUCCGAGCUGGGCCCUGGACCCCAGCGUCUGCUAGAGGACCCUCUGGGGGCCAGCAGCACGCCCACUGUGCCGCUGGGCCCCCCCGCAGUCACUGUGCCCCUCCCGCGGGGCUGCACCCACGUGCGCAUCUGCCAGGAGUGCCGGCGCAUCCAGAGCCUCCGGACAACUUCGUGCCCCCGCGUCCCGCCCUCCUCUGCGCCCCUCCCCCGCCUGGCCCCGCCUCCGCCGCACUCCUCCUCCAACACAGAUAGCGAGGGGGGCGGCAGCCACAGCCCACGGAGGAUAGGCCACUCCCCUCCGCCAAGAGGCGGAACCAGUACAGACCUGCUGGGAGAGCAGGACUGA